CCUCGGUUUUAACGGGGGGGGGGAUGUCCAACUGAAAACCGAAUCAAAGGAAUGGGUGUUUUUGCUCCUGGUCCGGUUAAAUGCCGUGGUGAAUAAAAAUUUGCUUUCAAACUUUUAAUCUUUGAGAAUUUUACUUCUGUAUGAUUACAGACAGCUUAUUUUGUUGAACAUAUUUUUUUAUUAUCGAAAGUUUCAAUAUUUGUAUCGGCUAUUUCAAACUGUACUUAACCGAAAGCAUACUGUAGGUGAAUGCGUCGUAAUACAGCGCAGUUAGGAAACAUUUGAUGAUUUCCCUAACUUUAAGGACCUUUUAAUAGUACGGUUGAUACCAAUCAAUCGUUUUGUCUCCAGCAGCGUUGUUGUCAGAGACAGUAGCUCUCGUGGGUAAAGUAUUAUCAAGCACAGUGGUUCCGAUUGCAUAGCAAAGUAUACAGUAUCUCUAGCGCAACGGAAACGGGGGAGAAAAACGUGCAAGUUUGCAUUCGUAAAUAUUCAGACAUACUGAGCAUUUUUCUUUUGGCACGAUUGAGAACCGGCAAUAGUCCAACGUUGUGUUGGAAAUUAAAAAGGGAAACCAGACCUAUCCAUCAUUUACUGAUCAGCGCUCUGAAAAUCUGAAAGGGCUUUGAUUUGGAAGCUGGAAACUGCUGCCGCUUUGUUGGGGUUACUGUACAGGGUACGUCUGAGUGGACGCAUCAUUGUGUGCUCAGACUGAAGCAAACGUUGGUGUGAGCUCUGUAGUUUGGAGGCAGCUCGCUUGUCUGUUUUUUUUUUAUCUUGCGGUAUUUUCCUGGUAAAGUGUCUGUAUUAGAUCGUUGCGUGCACGGAACGUUUGUUGCAGUUUCGGUGUUGACAGCUACAAAACUGGAUUAAAUUUGGGAUUUUUUAAAUUCAACCAAAUCGCCUGGAUAUUAUCUGGAGUAUCAGUUGCUUCUGAGAACUCAAUGGAUCUGAAUUGGAAUUGUAUGGAUUUUUCUGGGGAGUCAAAUUUGUAAUUCAUUUUGUUUUUAAAACAUUUAAAGUAAACAAGGAAACGAAUCGCAAUGAUUCUUGCAACUUUAUACAUCGUGUUGCCUUUGUUGGAUGUACUGUUGUCGGCAGACGUGAAUGUGUUGUCUGGGUCUAACCGACUGGACUGUGUCAAGGCGAGCGAGCAGUGUUUGAAGGAACAGGGCUGCAGUACAAAGUACCGGACGAUGAGGCAGUGCGUCGCGGGAAAAGAGAGCAACUUCAGCAUGGUGUCUGGACUGGAAGCUAAGGAUGAGUGCCGAAGUGCCAUGGAUGCGCUCAAACAAAGCCCCCUGUACAACUGCAGGUGUAAAAGAGGCAUGAAGAAGGAAAAGAACUGCUUGCGCAUAUACUGGAGCAUUUACCAGAGCUUGCAAGGAAAUGAUUUACUGGAAGACUCUCCAUAUGAGCCAGUGAACAACAGGCUUUCCGACAUAUUUCGAUUAGCACCCAUCAUAUCUGGAGAGCCAGCAGUAACAAAAGAGAACAACUGCCUGAACGCUGCCAAGGCCUGCAACCUGAAUGACACCUGCAAAAAGUACCGCUCAGCGUACAUCAGCCCCUGCACCAGCCGGGUCUCCACGGCGGAGGUGUGCAACAAGCGCAAGUGCCACAAGGCUCUUCGGCAGUUCUUCGACAAAGUACCUCCCAAACACAGCUAUGGGAUGCUGUUCUGUUCCUGUCCCCCUGUGGAUCAGUUAGCCUGCACGGAGCGUCGGAGGCAGACCAUCGUUCCAGUGUGCUCUUACGAGGACAAGGAAAAACCAAAUUGCUUGUCUUUGCAAGUGUCGUGCAAGACGAAUUACAUCUGCAGGUCACGCCUUGCAGAUUUCUUCACAAACUGCCAGCCGGAGCCAAGGUCUCUGAGUGGCUGCUUGAAGGAGAACUAUGCUGACUGCCUCUUGUCUUACUCAGGCCUCAUUGGCACUGUCAUGACUCCGAACUACCUGAGAUCCAGUCAAAUCAGCGUGUCGCCCUGGUGUGACUGUAGCGGCAGUGGGAACAAUAAAGAGGAGUGUGACAAGUUUGUGGAGUUCUUCACAAAUAACACAUGCCUUCGGAAUGCUAUCCAGGCCUUUGGGAAUGGUACUGAUUUGAGUGUAUGGCAACCUAUGCCACCUGUACAGACGACAACUUCUACAACAACACCGUUCCAAGGUUCCAAAGGCAGGUCCACCACCACUCUGAACUCAUCAGCUCAUGUCAAUGAGAUCAACACUGUCGAUGAGUCUCUGUAUCCCUUUUGUGCAAAUUUGCAGGCUCAGAAAUUGAAAUCAAAUGCUACAGUAGAUGCACAUCAGUGUGAUCUGCAGAUUAAUGACCCAAAUCCUUCAAACUCCAUGUCCAAGAUCUCCUCUAGGGCCACUACAUCUUCCCAUCUGAGUGGCCUGAUGCUGAUUUUGGUCACAAUGGUCCAUUCAACCAUUAUGGCUUUUAACUUAGCAGAAAUAUUGUAGCCACAGUAAAUAAGAGAAAAGGACAGACUUGUACAAAUACUAAAAAAAAAAUGUUCCCGGUCUUGUAUUUUUUUUUAAUUCUGGUUCUAGAGGCUAGGUUGAAUCUCUGUUCUGAGAUAAUUUUGUUGUAACUGGAUUUUGUUUUUCAAAAAAAAAAUGGAAGCUGCUUUUGGUGUUUUGGGGGCUGUAUGAAUACUCAGUGCAGUGCUACAUUCCAAACCAAAAUGGCUUGUGGGCAUGUGGAGUCUUUCAGUGAAAACAACUUAGAAAAAGGUAAGGCUUUAAGAUAAGGUGAGGGGCAGGAGGCGAAGGGCAGGGAUUUGAUUGGUGUACAGUAACUUGGUUUUAAGACCUGUGAGGAGCAUUUUCAUUGUUGAAAAUCUUGUUUGUGGUGUACAUGUGUGCAACAUCUGUCUUUUCCAACCUGACAAGGGAUGACAAUAAUGCCAGGGUGGCUGGCUGGACUUGAGAGCCACGCAGUGAACAGAUGGGUCGGCAGAGAGGACUUCUCAAGACUUCACCCUUUUUAAUGGAUGGAUUGCUACAGAUAUUUAAAUGAGAAAAACCAAACCUUUUACCUGUAGUAAUGUCCUCCUUAUUUAAUUGUUUAUGUAGAUGGUUUUACAAUACUGAAGAGUUAGCUCUGUCCCAGACAUGAAUUUCGUCUUGGUUCCGUCCUCCAUUUUGUUACCUUCACAUGAAGAAUUAACCCUUCAGUUCAAAACCGUUCACACAGUCUUUAUUACAUCUUCUUUCAGUUUGACAAACCCCCUUAUUACUGCAAAUCCUGGGAAAAAAUAUGAGAAAUCUACAGUAACUGCAAAUUCUUAAACAGCUUGUUAAAACUGAGGGCAUCUCAGACUUACAAAUUUACAGGAUUUGGAUUUUAUUUCUGUCAUAUAAUAAUUAAUAUAUCCAGUAAUCUUACCCCAAACCAGAUCACAGUCCAUUUAAAAUGUCUGUAAUGAUCACACAUUCAAUAUAUUAAUUUGCUCGCUGUUAAAAUGGUAUGCAUAUUGUUAUAGCACCAAAAAGGGACAGAAGUAAAAAAAGGGCAUUAGGAAUCGUUAUCUACAGAUUUUUCACUACAGUUAAGAAUGCUGCCAGAUUCUGCUUGCAUACUACAGCAAGGACUCUUCUGUAACAGUUUCAGAGCCCAUCCAAUUCUGUAUCUGAUUCAAUCAGAUAUGGAUUAAUAUAAUGACCACUUUAUAUUAAGUGUUAGUCUCAUUGCACAUAAUCACAAAAACAGCCAGUUUGCAAUUCAACUGCUACACAGUAUAUACAGUAACUUCAUAUUGCAUUCACAUACAUAUUGUAUAAAAAACAGUGUCAUUUGCGUAAUGUUGUCCGUGAUCUGCAAUAAAAAGACCAUGUCAAAGUCAGUAAGAGAGAUGAACCUGAUCUAAGCAUAAAAUAUAUUUCUUCUAUAAGUUUUUGUAAUUUGUAAAAGUGCUGCUAAAUUACUGCCUUCGCACCAUAGUGAACACAUAGUAUUCAUGUCUACUGAGUUUAGAGAGUUGCAAUUAAUUACAAGAUAAAUAACCCUCAAUCCCACAUUAAUUAGUUAUAUCCAUUAAUAUGAUUUACUGUGAAUAUCUGCAUACAAAAAUAAACAUACUUCAGCAACACACAUAUGUUACCGUUGUUUAUAUUGUGGUGCAUUAUUUUAUGUGGCUUUCGCAUAUAUUACACCACGUUUCAGGAUAAAAAUGUAUUGGUCACAUCUAUAUACAGAAUAUAUAAUAUUCUUAUGUAACUAACCAGAGAAGAUGAAAUAUGUAUGACAAAGCCACAAAUGAGGACAGAAUUUGGAAAAUGUGUAUUAAAAACAACAUUUUCUUAAAGAAAUGUGUUAAUAUGCUUUGUAGUUUCUCUUGGGGUUUAGGCUUUCAAAAAAAAGUGAUACGUAUAAUGCAGAAAGCUUUUAGCAAAUGUAUUUUUUUAUAUUAUUGUUACAUCUGUCCUAUAUUAAUAGGACUAGUAUGUUAAAACACUCAUUUCUGCUGCCGCCCAACUAUAAGCUUGAUUAUGGUGAAAUACCUUUUUAUUUUUCUAAUUGUGUUUUUCCUUUUACCUGGAUGGAAUUUUAAUAUUUUGUAUUAGACUACUUUCUCCAAAGCAAACAUGCAGCACAAAAUAUGAGCAAAAUCUCAAUAUAUUAACAUUUUGUGUAUCUGACAGUUAUCAUUUGGGGUUUAUUCUGUUAGGAAAUAUUUGCAUGCCAGUUUGUUACUGGCUAAUGGGCACAUGGCCAAGCAAAUUGUAGCCUUUGUGUUAUAGACAGGAACAGAAGCAGUCUUUUCCAAACUUGGAACCUGAGUGUCUACAUUGAACAACUCCUCUUAUAGGUUAAAUAAGAGGAUCUAAGACACCAGAAAAUGCUGCAGAGGUUGGGUUUGGGUACAGUAAUUAUAAUCCCAGAAUGCAAUGUAAUGAAACGUUCAUUAUUUGUAAUCAUACAAUCCACAUUAUUUUGGUUGUAAAAAAGAACAUUUAUACUUAUGAAAAGAAAUUUAAAGAUCCUUCAGCUAUAUGCCACAUUACUACUUAGCUUGUGAAAAUGUACGACCUAUUCUACAAAAAUGAUCAUUAAAAAUGUUGACCCAAUCUUUGA